AUGACGCGCGUCGUUAUCUUUAUGGGCUGCGUCACCAUCUUCGUCCACUCCUGGGAUUUACUGCACCGCGCUGUCGCCUUACGCAUCGUCGCCGCUGCUGGCUUCUUCCUGUUCCUUCCUUAAGUGAUCGCCCAAGUCAACAUGUACUUCUACCUGCGACUGGUGCUCGCUUUGAAUUUUGAUGGUGCUAUGAUCUGCUUCGACAUGGCCAAGGCAGACAGCUACGCGGAGGGGCCACAUUUCACGUGCGGCCUCUACACACGCGAUGGCGUCUGUCGUCGGUUGUCUUGCUGGUAGUGCAGGUGUGGCGGCGUUCUUGUUCAUCACCGCUAAGCACAGCUACCGACCCACUCUGACUGCCCCCAGACUCGCAGGGUCACUGCCUCCGUCUUCGACACUGCUAAUGUGGAGCGCUGGAGCCUCGCCGUCGGCAUCCUGGGCCACGCCAUGUACCUCAUGGGCGACGCCACUGUGUGUGAGGUGUGCUGCUACUUUGCCUGGGCGGCGACGGCGCUGCUCAUGCCGCGCGUCUGCCCGUGCGUCUCGGAGAGCAUGAUGCACGCCGUCGGCGCCGGCAGCGGAAACCUGAACUCGAGCGUGGCGGGCACGACGGGCUCGACUCUGCUGGGGAGGGUGUGGUUGGCCGCGUCGGAAGGCAUGGAGACGUACAGCUUCGGCAACUGCUGCUGAGUGGCGCUGCGCCGCGGUGUUAUUGCCUCCAGUAGACGGCGCUUCUUUUGUUAG